CUUGGUUUCAGACCCACUUCUUUCUCGCUCAGCACGUUCAUCAACAGUCAACAUGGAAUAAGAAGGGAAAUGGAAAAGCUGCGCAGCCUUACACUACGACACUAGUCCGCCAUGAACCGGGCGCUGAAGAAUAUUCUAAGACGCCUAGCUCAAAACGCAGGGAACGAGUAAAGCUCUAAUGGUUUUCAAAGGCCGGUUUUUUUCUUCUAAGAAAUCUGCCGAUGUUUCCAGCCCAGAUGGAUCAUCUAAUAGCCCGCGAUCUAUCGGUUCGAAUUCCCCGAUCCGAUCUGAUAAGAAGCUGGGAAAAUCAAGUUCCAAUUCCAAGGACAACUCUCCUGUUACCCCGACUUCGAUUUCGAGUUUAGCUGCUAGCUUCAAGGAUAAGAAGAAUGAUGGUAAAGGUAAAGAGAGCAUAGUUCAUAGCUCGAACUCUCAGGGGAAGUCCGGAUCGGGCGGAGAAACAUUAGGCUCUCUUAAGUCGAAGAAAUUGGUUACUGCGGAAGUCAAGGAAGUUGGUCCGCAGCAGAAUGCGGUAUCCGUGUCGCCGAUUCUAGCAUCGUCAUUGGGUUUGAACAAGAUUAAGACGCGAUCUGGACCGUUGCCGCAGGAGAGCUUCUUCGGUUACGCGACUAGAGAUAAGGUGAGUGCUUUGGGUGCUAGUAGCUUGUCCAAGCCUACUGCAAGUAGUGGUAGAGCUGAUGCUGCAUCAAGUUCGGCAAAGAAGAAUGCUGGAAAGGAGGAUGAGAAGAUGUCAUUGGAAAGUUCUGGUUGGGCGGAGAACAGGAGCAUUUCAGAGCAUAUGCCAAUGGAGAGUGCGCAAUCCAGGAACAGAAGCCCUCAGGUCCUUGGUUCGUCUAGGGUGCAAAGCGGCGAAUCUUCCUGUGAAGCAGCAGCUCAGAUUAAUCCAUCUCGGGGCAAUUCAGGAGUGUUGAGGAACAUGGAUGCUUGUACUCCGGAUUUGAAGACAUCGUAUGAUUGUGAUAACCCAAAGGAGUCUGAAUCUCCACGCUUUCAAGCUAUACUUCGUUUGACUAGCGCACCCAGGAAAAGGUUUCCAACAGAUAUCAAAAGUUUUUCUCAUGAGUUGAAUUCUAAAGGUGUACGCCCUUUUCCAUUUUGGAAGCCUCGAGGUUUAAACAACUUGGAGGAGGUUUUAACAAUGAUAAGGACGAAGUUUGCCAAAGCAAAGGAGGAAGUUGACUCUGAUCUUCAUAUCUUCGCGGCAGAUCUCGUUGGAGUUUUAGAAAAGAAUGCAGAAACUCAUCCUGAAUGGCAAGAAACGAUUGAAGACUUGCUGAUUUUAGCCCGAAGAUGUGCAAUGACAUCAUCUGGGGAAUUUUGGCUUCAAUGUGAAGGAAUUGUUCAAGACUUAGAUGAUAGGCGUCAGGAGCUUCCGGCGGGUACUUUGAAGCAGCUGCAUACUCGAAUGCUUUUUAUACUCACACGGUGUACACGAUUGCUUCAGUUCCACAAGGAAAGUUUUGCUGAGGAUGAACCUAUAUUGCAGCUUCGCCAGUCAUUUCAACCUCCCAAAAAGCACGUUUCUGGAGGCAUAGGAUUGGAUCAGACGAUAUCCACUGGCGCGAAAGUUCCAAAGACACCUGCUACAACAACAAGAAAAUCAUAUAGUCAGGAACAGCAUGGUUUGAAUUGGAAGACAGAUCAGGUCCUACACCCAGAGGGUUUUAAGUUAUCACCAGCUGAAACUGUUAAGAAUCCAGAUUCUUGCAAUGGUAGGGACCGGAUGGCUUCUUGGAAGAAAUUACCGUCUCCUGUGGCAAAAGUUCCCAGAGAAUCUACUCCAGUGAAAGAGCAAAGUGAUAUUCUAGAGGAUUCGAAGUUGCUAAUCAACAAGAGAGGAACUUCAGAUUCAGAUCUCGCCACUGUUAAGCAUCAAGAGCCCCCCUCUAGCAGAGAUUCUUAUGGACACUCCUCAGGGUCUUCCAAACACCAGCACAAAGUUUCAUGGGGUUACUGGGCAGACCAACCAAGUCUCUCUGAUGAAAGCUCAAUAAUCUGUCGUAUUUGUGAGGAGGAGGUCCCUACUUUGCAUGUGGAAGAGCACUCUAGAAUUUGUGCAAUUGCAAAUCGUUGUGAUCAAAAGGGUCUUAGUGUCAAUGAGCGUUUGAUUAGCAUUGCCUAUACACUUGAGAAGCUAAUGGAGACAUUUUCGCAGAAGGAUUUCCAACCAACUGCUGGAAGUCCAGAUGGUGCAAAAGCAUCAAACUUAAUUGCAACUGAAGAAUCUGAUCUAUUAUCUCCAUAUCUCAGUGACUGGUCUCGCAGAGGCUCCGAGGAUAUGCUCGACUGCUUACCUGAAGUGGAUACUUCUGCUUACGUGGAUGAGCUUAAGACUAUACCAUCUAUAUCAUGUAAAACUCGUUUCGGCCCCAAGUCCGAUCAAGGAAUGACAACAUCUUCUGCUGGUAGCAUGACCCCUAGGUCUCCUUUGCUCACACCACGAACUAGUCAAAUGGACUUGACAUUGCUCGGGAAAGGUUGUUACCCUGAACAUGAAGAUCUCUCUCAGAUGAAUGAACUUGCUGAUAUUGCUAGAUGUGUAGCAAAUACACCUAUGGAGGAUGACCAAUCAUUGUCUUACUUAAUCACUUGCCUUGAAGAUUUGAAAGUAGUGAUUGAUCGGAGAAAGCUGGACGCACUUACCGUAGAGACAUUUGGAAACCGAAUAGAAAAGCUGAUUCGGGAGAAGUAUUUACAACUAUGUGAGCUGGUUGAUGAUGAUAACAAUGAUAUAACAAGCACUGUCAUUGAUGAAGAUGCACCCUUUGAAGAUGAUGUUGUACGUAGCUUGAGAACCAGUCCCAUUCAUUCCAACAAAGACCGUACAUCUAUAGAUGACUUUGAAAUUAUCAAGCCAAUUAGUCGCGGUGCAUUCGGCCGGGUGUUUUUGGCAAAAAAGAGAACCACCGGGGAUCUCUUUGCUAUUAAGGUUCUUAAGAAGGCUGAUAUGAUACGGAAGAAUGCAGUUGAAAGUAUUUUAGCAGAACGCGACAUUUUAAUAUCAGUUCGAAAUCCAUUUGUGGUUCGCUUCUUCUAUUCAUUUACUUGCCGUGAAAAUUUGUAUCUUGUGAUGGAGUACCUGAAUGGUGGGGAUCUAUAUUCACUAUUGAGAAGCCUAGGGUGCUUGAAUGAAGAUGUAGCUCGUGUAUAUAUAGCUGAAGUGGUACUCGCUUUGGAAUACUUGCACUCUUUGCGUGUUGUUCAUCGUGAUUUGAAGCCGGACAAUUUGUUGAUUGCACAUGAUGGCCACAUCAAGUUGACAGAUUUUGGCCUUUCAAAAGUUGGUCUCAUUAAUAGCACUGAUGAUCUAUCUGGUCCAGCCGUUAGUGGAACAUCCGUGAUGGAUGAAGAUGAAUCUCAGAUACCUUCAUCUGAGCAUCAGCAAGAAAGGCGUAAAAAGCGUUCUGCUGUAGGCACUCCAGAUUAUCUGGCUCCUGAGAUCCUUCUAGGAACAGGACAUGGGUUCACAGCUGAUUGGUGGUCUGUGGGUGUUAUUCUUUUUGAGUUGAUCGUUGGCAUUCCACCUUUCAAUGCAGAGCAUCCUCAGAAAAUAUUUGAUAACAUUCUUAAUCGGAAGAUACCUUGGCCUCUGGUUCCUGAAGAAAUGAGCGCUGAAGCACAGGACUUGAUUGAUCGCUUAUUGACAGAAGAUCCUAACCAAAGGCUUGGAGCUAAAGGGGCAACUGAGGUCAAGCAACAUCCUUUUUUCAUGAAUAUUAACUGGGACACCCUAGCAAGACAAAAGGCUGCAUUUGUACCCACCUCGGAGAGUGCCUUGGAUACCAGUUAUUUCACUAGUCGCUUCUCUUGGAAUCCUUCAGAUGAGCGUGUGUUAGCAACCAGUGACAUUGAGUAUUCAAGUGAUAAUGGUAGCACAAGUGGUAGCAGUAGUUGCCUAAGUCGUCAUGAUGAACUGGACAAACAAGGCGAAGAAUGUGGGGGCCUUGCAGAGUUUGACUCGGGUUCUCCUGUCAGAUAUUCUUUUAGUAACUUCUCAUUCAAGAAUCUCUCCCAGCUUGCAUCAAUCAAUUAUGAUUUGCUUACUAAAGGUUUAAAGGAUGACCAGACGACAAGUCCAAACCCAUAAUCAUGGAAUCCUCAUCCAUAGUCCAUUUUUUGGGGAUUUUGGGCCAACAGCUUGACACAAAAUAUGGGAUCAAUCUUAUCCCUCUCCUGAGGCCAUGUACAUAUAUAGAUGGAUGGAGCAACAAUACAUGGGGUGUGCUUAGUUCCUGAGCUGAACUCCAUGGAGUUACAUUAAAAAAAUAUUAUGGCAGAGUUGUUUUGUUUGAGUUGAGGUCUGUUGUAAUCUUUGUCUCAUGGUAUGAUUCUUGAGGAGGGCAUAAUGCCCUUUUCACUUCAGCAAUUUGUUUUUUAAAAGCAAUGUGAACAUGUCCCCUAUCAAAGGUAUUUGGUUUCUGUGGUGUUUCCUCUCCAGCCGUAAAGAUGGGCAGUGGUGGCAAAUUGGCAAUGGAGGGCUCUGGUUUUCCAUCAGUUUCCGAGGUGAAAAUGAGGAGGUAUGCCAAUGAAGUUGCUGGAUGUGGCAACAUGUAUCCCUGUUAUUAUCACUCAAAAAGAUUGAUUAAUGGAGGAAGUUUUGUGCAUAGGGAUGUUGUCUGAGCUACAAGUAAAUAAGUGAAUGCUUCAUGUUUGUUACUUCGGUAUAAAUAUUGAUACAACAUGAUUGCAUGGUAAUUUGCAGUUUUGCACCAUCUGUGUAUUGCGUGUCACCUCAUGUCCUCAUGUGCAAUAAAAAUGCGCCAAUUACAUUUGAAUUUAGAUUUGUUCCGG